AUGGCCGACGCCACAGCAUCCGCACCCGUCAUCUUCAAAAAGCGCGCCGGCCGCGCCAACGCCAAAAAACGAGCAGCAACUCCACCCUCAGCUUCCGACUCGGACUACAGCAGCGCCGAAGACGAAAGCGGCGCACGCAUAAAGCGACGACGCAAAAACGGCAUCACCACCUCUACCUCUUCAGCCAUCACAAAAAACCCCGCGGCUACUUUCUCAAAAUCCACUCAGUAUACUGGUGAUCGCAGCGCAGCGAUUACGAAUCUCGAUGAUGCGACAAAGACUAGUAAUUGGUUUCAUGCCGAUGAAGCUGCAAAAGCCGCAACUGGUGCAGAGGGAGACGCAGCAGAGGUAGAAAAAGACGGCACCUACAAGGGAGCAAAAAGCUAUGGAAACUUCAUACAGAAGAAUCCCGACAAAUUGGCCAAAUCAGUGGGACCGGUAAAAGCACCCACGAACAUGAGAAUGAUCACAUUAGUCGACUUUGCGCCCGAUGUGUGCAAAGAUUACAAGCAAACCGGCUUCUGCGGUUUCGGCGACAGUUGCAAAUUCUUGCACGCCAGAGAAGACUACAAACAAGGCUGGCAACUCGACAAAGAAUGGGAAAAGGCGGGCAAAUCAAAGGCUCCUCCCAAGUCUACAGUCGUGGGCUCUGCGAACCGUGGCUCUACCGAAACCGCAGCAGACGACUCCGACAACGACGAGGAAGCAAAAGAACUCGAGAAGAUACCCUUCGCGUGCAUCAUCUGCAAGGAACCGUACAAGAGUCCAGUCGUCACAAAAUGCGGCCACUACUUUUGCGAGGCAUGUGCGUUGAAGAGGCAUAAGAGUAAAGGUGGCAAGCAAUGCGCCAAUUGCGGUGCUGACACUGGAGGUACCUUUAACGUGGCCAAGAAUUUGAGGAAGUUGUUGGAUAAGAAAAGGGAGAGGAUUCGCAAGAGGAAGGAAAAGGCUAGGGAGAAUGGGGAGGAGGUUAGCAGUGAUGAGGAGUAG